GAAAGAAAAAGAGAAGAAGGAAAAAGCAGGAGCUCCAUUAGCGACGAGAUCGGCGAUUGGUCCAAGCUCUAAUUUUUCGCUUAUCUCUUCUUCCUCUGUCGAAUACAAGAUUUUUAAACCAUGGAGAGGGUUGGGGAAGUAAGUGUGCAAUCACCUAAAGCUGCCACCUUUGGAGAAGAAGAUAUUAUGAAGUACCCUAUUCCUUUGACUAGAACUGCACAUCGCAACACAAGCCCAUCUCGGCAGAAGGUUAUAAAAACAAAGCCGCGGGGCUUUGAUGAGGAGACUGUUACCACAUUUUGUAAAGUAAUUCAUUCUGAUGUCCAAAUGGAAGAUGGUGUAUGGGCGCAGUUGCCGGAUGAUUUGCUAACUGAAGUCCUUGCUCGGGUGCCUCCGUUCCUAAUAUUUAGGCUGCGAUCAGUUUGUAGACGGUGGAAUUCUAUUCUCCAUGAUAGUGGCUUUCUCAAAUCUCAUUCUGGUGUUCCCUCCCAUGGCCCUUGUCUUCUCACUUCUUGGAAAAACUCACAAAGCCAUCAGUGUUCUGUAUUCAGCUUACCCUUGAAAACUUGGUACAAGAUCCCCUUCAGUUUCUUGCCUGAUUGGGCAUUUUGGUUGGUUGGUUCUUCCGGGGGUCUAGUUUGCUUUUCUGGUUUCGAUGGGCUCACUUUCAAGACUUUAAUUUGCAAUCCCCUGUCACAAACAUGGAGGGUGUUGCCUAGAAUGCAUUAUAAUCAGCAGAGGCAAUUGAUCAUGGUUGUUAAUAAGACAGACCGUUCAUUUAAAGUGAUUGCGGCAAGUGAAGUAUAUGGUGACAAGACAUUGCCUACUGAGAUAUAUGAUUCAAAACUUAAUAGGUGGUCUCUUCAUCAGAUUAUGCCAGCUGUUAAUUUAUGCUCAUCGAAGAUGGCAUUUUGUGACUCAAGGCUCUAUUUGGAGACGCUUUCUCCACUUGGUUUGAUGAUGUAUCGGAUGGAUAAGGGCCAGUGGGAACAUAUCCCAGCUAAGUUUCCGAGGUCUUUAUUGGAUGGUUAUUUAGUUGCUGGUGCGCACAAGCGUUUAUUCUUAGUUGGAAGAAUUGGGCUUUACAGUACACUCCAGAGUAUGAGGAUUUGGGAACUAGACCAUGCAAAGACAGUUUGGGCGGAGAUAACUAGGAUGCCACCAAAGUAUUUUAGAGCAUUAUUGAGAUUAUCAGCUGAGCGUUUUGAGUGCUUUGGACAAGACAACUUAAUUUGCUUUACAUCUUGGAACCAAGGAAAAGGCCUUCUUUAUGAUGUAGACAAGAAAACAUGGUCAUGGAUUGCAGGAUGCGCACUCCAGCUGUGCAAUAGUCAGGUUUGCUUUUAUGAGCCAAGAUUUGAUACUUCUAUCUGGUGAUAAUCUGCCUUGAGUCUUAAUGCAAGGAAGGUGCAGAUGAGGAUGUUCGGAGAUCAUGAUUUUACUUGUAGUACUUCACUUUCAUGUACAAUUUGAAUCACAAUUCAUGAGCUAAUAAAAUUUUGUUGUUUUAAGGAA